AUGGCCCAGAUCACCAUGGCCGUCGAGUCUCCUGACCCCCCUGAGAAAUACACCAUCCUGCCUGCCCAGUUCGAAAUCGAGGUCUCGCCGGGCCGGACCGAAGUUCUGAAUGGCACCAUCCAGGAAGCCUUUGCUCAGGCCGUCGCCCUCAACCCGGACUUCAAGCUCCCUGUCCCAACCGACAAGGUUGCUGGUGCGGCCGAAGGGGUGAACGGGCUCGUGGGCGAAGUCGCGGGCGGCGUUACAGGCCCGGCGGACAGAAAGCGUGCCACCAGGGUCAUAUGCGGUAACUUCCCGUCUGCUGACAGAGGCCGCGCCAUCGAGGCGAUCCAGUAUCUCAUGACCCUCACGACGGCGCCUCGCAUGGGAUCCGGGCCCGGCGUGUGUGCUCGGGUCAGCUGCACGAACAACGCGGCGGUUUAUUGGUGUAACGAUAACCACGGCGUCAAACUCUUGGAUCGCUGGGAGAUGAUUGCCCAGAGCGCCGGGUUCAUCGUCAACACCUGUGCUUCGGUUGCUACGACGGUUGGCGGCCAAAACUUUGAGUCCGGCAACUGGAACUCUAUCGUUCGCGGGGAUAGUUGCUGA